CUAAGAAAAAACUCUGAAAACCCUAAUCUUUGAUCAUGUAUCGUUAUCUCUUUCCAAUUUGCCAUGUCCGUGGAUCUUCUCUCUUCGCACCCAAACCUUCACGGUCUGUUAUCUCUGCCUUCUUCUCAGGACCGUUGCAAAACCACAUCGAGCAUGUUAGAGGAUUUUCAACUGGUGAAUCAGAUCCUAAUCGUCCCUUUUCGAUGCGGGAUAGAUUAAAUGAAAACUCGAGAGGUGGGAAUGAAACUUUACCGGAGGCCAUCCGGGAUAGGGUGAUGUGGAACACGAGUGGAAGUGGUGCUGGGAAUGAGAGGAGUUUCAACCGUCAACCGGAUAAUCUUCCUUUUUUCAUGCGGAAUGGAGAGAACUCAAACUCAAGAGGUGCCAGUUAUGCUCAGAAUAGGAGGGGUUUUGGCCGGGAUUCGGGUACUCGUCCUUUUUUUAUGCGGGACAGGGAGAAUCUAAAUGUAAGCAAUGAGAAUGAUGGUGGGACUGAGACUGAGAAGAGUUCCAGGCCUAUGGAUUUCGUGAGAGGGGUUAUAGAUGAAGAUGGCCAGGAUCAUCUUCAGGCUUACAGUAAUCAAUUUGAGAAAGACGCCGAUUUUGUUCAUAUAAAGAUGCUGCGGAACAACACGUUUGUUACCGUAAUAGAUUCUAAAGGGAACAUAAAGCUUAGCGGCUCCGUUGGUUCCGUGAAAGAGAUGAAAUCAGGGCAGAAGCUUGCUAGGUAUGCUGCUGAGGCAACUUCAGAGGUUGUCGGGCGAAGGGCAAGGGGUUUGGGGUUGAAAGCUGUUGUUAUGAAAGUGAACGGAUUUACUCAUUUCAGGAGAAAAAGGCAAGCAAUAAUGAGCUGGUUGGAGGGUUUUUUGGAUUCUCGAGCGGACAAAAGUAGAAAUCCGGUUGUUCACAUUGAAGAUACCACUAGAAAGCCUCAUAAUGGUUGUCGACUCCCAAAGAAAAGACGAAUUUAGAUUCGGUUAGUUUGAUGGCUCAAUAAAGAGUUUUUGUAGCAGUAUGGGAAAUGCUUUGUUGUUGUUCUCUUUAUGUUGUUGAUGGGCUAUAUCAUUCUCAAUUGAAGGUUAUGGAUCUGUUACUUGUUGAUCUGUCUUUCUAGUUACUACCAUUCCUUAGUUUUUACAUGUGUGAUUACAUGACACCA